AAAAAGACAAACCUAAUUUCUAAACCUAAAUAUAAUCCUUCCACUUUCUCUUCUCCUAUAGCCAGCCGUUCUCUUCACUGAACUCAAACCUAAACCAAAAUUUUCUUCUCUUCAUCACUGUCAAUCUCUGUCGCCGUUCAACUCACCACCGACCACCGACCACCGACUAGUCUAUCUCUUCAGUCGACGGUAGACUCCACUCGCUGCCCUCGCCGACCAGUCCAGAACUUCAGUCGAGGUCUACUCCACUCCCUGCCCUCGCUGACCUUAGACAAAGGGUUAUCAUUUGAAAGCAGGGCUUGUUAUUGAAGAAGGUGAAUUGUUUCCGAGGUUUGGAAUAUGUCUGGUGGCCCUGGACUUGAGUCUCUUGUAGAUCAAACAAUAUCGGUUAUCACAAACGAUGGACGCAAUAUUGUGGGAGUUUUGAAAGGCUUCGACCAGGCUACAAAUAUCAUUCUCGAUGAAUCUCAUGAACGGGUUUUCUCCACAAAGGAAGGUGUUCAGCAACUAGUGCUGGGUUUGUAUAUAAUCAGAGGCGACAACAUAAGUAUUGUCGGAGAAUUAGAUGAAGAAAUUGAUUCAUCUGUUGACUGGUCGGAAAAAAGAGCUCAUCCUCUAAAGCCUGUCAUUCAUUGAGUGGCUUGGAAGGCAAUAAAGCAUUAGAGCUGUUGUAUGUAGAUUGUCUGGUUGAUUACCAUCCCGCGAAAGAGUUUCCAUGGAUUAUAGUUUGUUUAUCUUGUUCAUUGCUUUUUUCUAUGAGACUGUUCUGAUUGGGAUCAGAAAAAAGGAAAAAAGAAAGAGAAGACUGUCUUCAUCCCAAAUUUUACCAAAUAUUUAAAGCUGUUUUGUGCUACAUUUUAUAUUCUAUUUUCAUUGGCAUUGGUGGUGGUGGUGUUUAUUUUCUCAUAUCAGAACAAUCAAAAUUGUAAAUGUAUAAAGUACACUAUUAAUUAAUUAGUCAGACAAAGAAGUGCAUUUGGAAAA